UGGCAGUCUACACCCAAUUUUAGAAUUCUUUUGCUAAAUGAUUUUUUGAAAAUUGAAUGUAUAUAUUAAUGUCACUGCAUCUCUUUACAUUUUCUUUUCGACAAUAAAACGGUAAUGAUUACUAAACCGGAACAAAGUUGUAUGGUAUACUAUUUUCCCAGCAAUAGUAUUUUUUGUCUUUCAAGAAAAUCUUGGAUUUAAUGAGAAUUAAAUGAACAAGACGAACAGAAAAACAAAAUAAAGAAAAAGACAUGAAACAUAGUCCCCCCCUUCCCUUUUAGUCUUUUCUUUGCUUUCUUCUCUACACAAAGCUCUCUCUCUCUCUCUCUACCUCACGACUCUUUAAGUUACGACGCAGUUUGCAUCCAAACGCAAACAUCUGCUUUUAGCGUCCGCUCGAGCUUUCAUUGAAGUACUGGACAGCUAGACUUUCCUUCUUCAAGAUCUAAACACACCGUGUUGUAUGCUUUGGGUUAGAAACCAAAAGGUUGACAAUAAAAACACAUUUAGAAGCUUAAAAGGAGUUUGUGAAGUUCUUGUUGGUUAGUGUGCUGUUUCUGGCAAAUGCAGAGUCUCUUCUCUAUGGAGGCAAUACUAUAGAGACUAUGAUGAUGGAGAAUAAGCGCAGUGUCUGUUCUUUUGAAGAAAGCAGCAUGAAACGACACAAGUCUGAUUCCUCUUUCUCUUCCAAGGAGAGGAAGGACAAGGUAGGAGAACGUGUUUCAGCUCUUCAACAGCUAGUUUCCCCUUAUGGAAAGACCGACACUGCAUCAGUUCUUCUAGAUGCGAUGCAAUACAUUCAGUUUCUUCAAGAACAAGUCAAGGUUCUAAGCGCUCCAUAUCUUCAAACAACGUCCACUAUUACGCAGGAAGAGAUGGUGGAUCACAGUUUGAGAAGCAGAGGGUUAUGUCUUGUCCCAAUGGAGUAUACGUUAGGGGUUGCUCAAAGCAACGGUGCUGAUAUAUGGGCUCCUGUGAAGACUCCAACAUCUCCUGCUUUUCAAUGACUUGACUCCACCAGCUGCCAAAAAUCGGUGUGCCUCCCUCAAGAGUCAAGACUUAAUAAAAAAUAACCCAAAACGUUAAUUAGUCUGAGGAUGUCUAUGUAACACAGACAGUGAUGGCUGUUUCUGUUAUUUUUUAUGGUUAAUCUCCAAACUACGUGAUGGGCUUGAUAAAGCCCAUUACGUUGAUUCGUAUAAUUUGGUCUAAUACAAUUUGGUAAUAAACUUAAACAUGAAUCGAAUUAGAAUA